GUUUACCUUGAUUUUCUAUUCAGUCAUUUGUCUUAUGCUUGAUGUCCACAUUCUCCUCUGGAACCUGGUCCUCCUUUGCCCUAUCUUCUUCAUAACUAGAGUGACCUGCUCUUCAGCUGAAUCAUCCACCCAUUGUUUCUCUGAGACGGACACCAAAUCCAUAAGGAGAACAGCAAACAAAACUAACAAAUGGGGCUUAUAAAUUCUACACAACUGAAAAUCAAAGAAGCCCAGAUUAUAAUGCUUGGACUAGAUUCAUCUGGAAAAUCCACUCUUUUAUACAAGCUAAAAUGUAAUGAAGUCUUCCUAACAGAGCCAACAAUUGGUUUUAAUGUGGAGAUGAUUAAAACAUCAAAAGACAUGACCUUAACAAUAUGGGAUGUUGGAGGUCAGCAGAAAAUGAGGAUUGCUUGGGACAACUAUUUGGAAGACACGGAUUGUUUGGUCUAUGUUGUUGAUAGCUCUAACAAGCAGCACUUGGAAGAAUCAAAGAAAGAGCUGGAGCUUAUUUUAAAACAUGACAAUAUUAAAAAUGUACCUGUGGUUGUGCUAGCAAACAAGCAGGAUCUUCCUGGAGCUCUGAAUGCUGAAGAAAUAACUCAGAGACUCAACAUGAAGAAGCACUGCCAAAACCGAAACUGGUAUGUACAGCCUUGUUGUGCACUUACGGGACAAGGACUCUCUGAAGCAUUCCAAAAAGUGACAAAAUUUGCAAAAUCUUGCAUAAAAUCUAAACAAGAGGGCUUUGCAAUUUUCAAACAACUUUAAGCUAUCAUUUCAUAAUCUGGAUAAUUAAUUCAUUGCUGGGGUAGAACAUUUGCCUGUCCAUUAACCAUCAGAUUUUGUAAUAUGUUUUCCUAAUUUUUCAAAAAAAUGAAAUAUUUGUGAUAGAGUUCGAGCCAAUCACUCAUGUCUAUUGGCCUUCAUAAAUAUUCUGUUGCUGAAAGGAAAGAAAUAUAAUUAAAUCUGAAGUAUGAAACUGCAAAAAGAAUAAAGUCAGCCAUAGUAUAAAUGGUUAUGGAAGUGUGUAUGUGUGUUUCUGUGUAUGUCAUCCAUUUUGUAUCCAACAAUUAUGCAAUUAAUGUAACAAUUUUGAAGCUUCUGCAAUAAGUAAUUGGAAAUGAUUAGACAAAACCCGACUUGUCAUUAGUAUGCUAUUAAUA